GCUCUCUCCGGAAGUGACGGUUGGCGGCGGUAUCUUCCGAGUUCUGAGGAGGCCGCCGCAACUGGGCUGGGCUUCAGAGCCCGGCCGAGGCUUUCUGGCUUCAGAUAUGGCUCAUGAGGCAAUGGAAUGUGAUCUUCAGGUGCGGUUAGAUCACAGUACAGAACAGCCUGCUCCUGCCGAAGUGGGCAGCAGUCAAGGGGGCCCACCCUGCUGAAGUGGUUAACAUCCAGGGACGACCACCUCUGCUCCAGCCUGCCCCGCAAGUAUCCAUUGACCUGACAGAGGAAGUAGAGCUCUCAGAAGAGAAUGUAGAGAACAUCAAUCCAGAAGUUUCAGAGGAGCGUAGGCAGGGAUCUGAUGUUAACCACACUGUCCCGGUAUCUUCAUGGGAUUCAAUGAACACCUUUAUCAGUGGGCUGCAGAGACUUCAUGGCAUGCUGGAAUUCCUGAGACCUCAGACUUCCUCAGACCGCAGUGUGGGGCCAGUGAGAGCUAGGAGAAGACGGGGGACCACUUCACGCAGGGCAAGAGCUGGAGGGUCUCAGAGAACAGACAGUACCAGGUUGAGAGCACCACUGGAUGCUUACUUUCAGGUGAGCAGGACCCAGCCUCACUUGCCAACUCCCUCUUCUGAUUCUGAGACCAGGAAUCCUAUGUCUGAAGACAUGCAGGCAUCAAGUAGUUCUGUUUCUGACAGCGACAGCUCUGGGGAAUAUGAAGAAGCUGUUGGCCAAGCAGAAGAACCUGGAGCUGUCAUUGUAGAAGGUCAGUAUUCUAUCCCAGUUUGGAUUCACAAGCCUAACAUCCAUAUCACUGUGGGUUAUUCUUGUGACAGUGCUCGACUGUGCUGUAAUUCUGUGUUUUUCUGUAUAUGUAGGUUGAGAGCACCACUGGAUGCUUACUUUCAGGUGAGCAGGACCCAGCCUCACUUGCCAACUCCCUCUUCUGAUUCUGAGACCAGGAAUCCUAUGUCUGAAGACAUGCAGGCAUCAAGUAGUUCUGUUUCUGACAGCGACAGCUCUGGGGAAUAUGAAGAAGCUGUUGGCCAAGCAGAAGAACCUGGAGCUGUCAUUGUAGAAGGAGGUAACCCAGCAGAACAAGAAGUUACGCGCAUUGAUGAAGACAAGACCCUCCCCAAGCAGUCUCCCCAGAAGUCCAGCCCUGUUGCUUCUGCAGACGAAGAAGAAGCAGACACUUGUACAAUAUGUUUGGAACAGUGGACCAAUGCUGGGGACCACCGGCUCUCUGCAUUACGCUGCGGGCAUCUCUUUGGGUAUAGGUGUAUUUCUAAAUGGCUUAAAGGACAAGCACGAAAAUGUCCCCAGUGUAACAAGAAAGCCAAGCACAAUGACAUUGUUGUCCUGUAUGCCCGAACCCUGAGAGCUUUGGACACCACUGAACAGGAACGUAUGAAAAGUGCCAUGCAGAAGGAGCAGACACUAAGGAGACAGGCCGAGUUAGAAUCGGCACAGUGCAGGCUCCAACUUCAGGUCCUCACUGAUGAAUGCACUAGACUUCACAGUCGUGUCCAGGACUUGCAAAAACUUAUUGUGCAGCAUCGGGAUCAGAUUUUACAACAGACCGGAGGCUCACCAACACAUAUCCUGAACUGCCUGCCUCCCAGCCAGCGCCAGCAUAGGUACCACCUGCAGAAGACUUUCCCCGUGUCUCAGACCGGAAACUGCCGAAUCAUGGCUUACUGUGAUUCUCUGAGUUGCCUGGUGGUGUCGCAACCUUCUCCUGAGGCUUCCUUUCUUCCAGGCUUUGGUGUUAAGAUGUUGAGUACUGCCAACAUGAAAAGCAGUCAGUACAUUCCGAUGCAUGGCAAACAGAUCCGCGGACUAGCUUUCAGCAGUCGGUCCAAAGGCUUACUGCUCUCUGCUUCUCUAGACAACACUGUGAAACUGACCAGCCUGGAGACAAACACUGUUGUUCAAACUUACAAUGCUGGGCGUCCUGUCUGGAGCUGCUGCUGGUGUCUUGAUGAAAAUAAUUACAUCUAUGCUGGACUGGCCAAUGGUUCAAUUCUGGUAUAUGAUCUACGAAACACAAGCUGUCAUGUCCAAGAGUUGGUACCUCAGAAAGCCAGAUGCCCACUGGUGUCCCUGUCAUACAUACCCAGAGCUGCCUCACCUACCUUUCCGUGUGGUGGGCUGCUCGCUGGAACCUUGGAGGGUGCUUCCUUCUGGGAGCUGAAAAUGGGCUUUUCUCAUUGGCCCCAUGUGCUGCCUUUGGAGCCCGGAGGCUGCGUAGACUUUCAGACAGAGAGCAGCACCCGACACUGCCUUGUGACCUACAGGCCUGAUAAAAACCACAACACCAUACGGAGCGUGCUGAUGGAGAUGUCCUACAGGCUGAACGAUGUUGGCGAGACAACCUGCUCUUGCUAUCCUGUGCAGACAUUCCUUGGGGGACCCACUUGUAAACUCUUGACCAAAAGUGCCAUUUUUCAGAGUCCAGAGAAUAAUGGCAGCAUCUUGGUGUGUACUGGGGAUGAAGCAUCAAAAUCUGCUCUGCUAUGGGAUGCAGGCAGUGGCUCGUUGCUGCAGGACCUGAAGACCGACCAGCCUGUCCUGGACGUCUGCCCAUUCGAGGUGAACAGCAGCAGCUACUUGGCUACCUUAACAGAGAAGAUGGUCCACAUCCAUCGGUGGGAGUGACUGUGGACUUGACCGUGCUGCUGAGUGCUAAUGUUUAGUGUUGUAUGCAAAUCCCUAGCAGUCCCGAGCUAGAUCCCUUUUGUUGCCUUUGGUCUAGAACUUUGGGGAUCUUGGUUCAUUUAGAUUAGUGUGAUUUGGGGCCUGCAGGUCACUGAGACACGAUGGGUUGUGUAUCUGCUUUGUCUACCAAAAGAAUGAGUGACUGACGCUCCAUCUACAUUACCAAUUUCUUGUGUCAGAAAUCUCCCUGAGUCUUUGCUGGGAAUCUUGAUUUUGUAUCUGACUUCCUACCCCAGGUCAUAGAGAGUGACCUCUCAGCAGUCCUUUAAGAUAUGAGUGUGCACCGAGCAUUUCCUGGGCCAUCGGACACUGCCUACAUGGCUGUAACACUAGGGCUAAUUGCUUGGAGUGCCAAGUUUUUCUGUUGAACACAAGAGGGCACUAUAGAGCCUGUGCAGAGUUCGAUUUAGUUCUGACCUUGAAGGCUGAAACUUUUUAGUAGCUCAGUCUCAUCCCACAGAAGUGUGUGGUAGAACAUGUCUGGUGUGCAGCAGCCGUUCUGUUCCAAGCAUUCCGUGCUGGGAUGUCGGCAAGCCCAGUGACGGAGGCAGCUGGUGAGCACUACACCUUUGCUAACACUGAGCACUUGGAAGUUCACUGCACUGAGAGUGAAGGAGAGACCAGUGGUUUGAGUGGUAAAGACUUGUUUUUUCUAGCUAGCCUAGGACCUCAGGGUUUGUUUUAUGUAAGCAAGUGCUUCAAAGAUGACUGCUGCUCCCUCUUUCUAGGAAAAAAUAAGUGCAAAUAUCAAAGUUUGUACCUGAGUCUUCCCUAGUGUCAAAGAUCAGGAACAAGGGGCUAACUAAAAGAGCAGCUGCUCAGACUGCUGUCAGCCAAGAAAGGCUUGUCUCUCCCGUUUCAAGGGUGUUCUUGUCCGAAUAAAGCCAGUCUCGUGGAGUGUGGGGCUGUUACUGAGCGUGUUUGUAAUUCCUGGUUCAGAGUUCCCCUGUAUGAAAGUGAUGUUUGAUUCUAAGGUCUUCUGACUUGCCUUCCUAACUUUUUCUAAAAGCGUGGUUAGUAAAAUAGUUAUUUUCAGGAAGAGAGUCGUGGUGGGGGGCCUAUGUGGGUGGCAGGCAAGUGCCCACCCGCUUUCAUUCCAGCCCUGAAGUAGCCAGAUGGGGAACUGCACUUGUCUCCAACAGACUCAGUUUACAUCGCUUUGCUUUGCCUGAUGCUACUCUGUAAACCCUCUGUCCAGAGCAGAACAGCCUCAGGGAUGGGCAGGUCAGUGCCCUGUUCUUGGGAAGAGGCUGACGGUGUAAUUUUCUUAAACAGUUGUUAGAAAAAUGUUAUCAUUUUUAUUGUAAAACACUGCUGACCUGUCAGCUCCUGAGCUGUUCCUGGCUCUGUCUCACCAGCGAAGGAUUGUUGCAGAUUUCCCCAGAGUUCCACAUUCUAGUUGUGCCUUUUAAUGGCCUCCUACUUGAGGACAUCUUUCACCACGCCACCUGCUGGUCCCAAUUUGAGGACAUCUUUCAAAGAGCCAGCUUCCGGGGCCUGGGAAAAGCUCUUUUUCCUCAGAGAAGAUACCCCUUGUGAUCUAUUGAUAAUUAAGAGUGGCUACCCAGGCCUGGAGCUUCAGUGGCUGAGAUUUGAAUUAGAAAGCAGGACUCUCUGGCUUCACUAGAUUGUCACAGAGAGGAGGGUCCGGGUGGGCAGGUCUUGGCUGCCUCUGUCAUUGGUUGGGCAGGGUUUGGGUCUGACCUGCUCUGAAGGACACUCAACUGAUGCUGACUGAGACCCCUGUGAGUAGGACCACAGGACUCACUACCAGGGAAGUUGGGCAAGUCGCGAGCAUUGCCAAUCUUUGCAUUCCUGUAGUAAAUUUGGAUGUUUUAGAAGCAAAUGUUAUGUCUGUGACAUUUCUCCAAAGAAAAAGCCCUCACCCUCAUCCCCGCCCCACCACCCGCUGGAGACUGCACUGUAGACUCGGGCUGGUCUUUGGCACUGCCGGGCUCCGUCCCACAUGUUCCCUCAGCCCUACUUCGAAUAUUGUUUUCCCUUUUGAGAGUUUGGGUUAAAGUGGUUCAAAAUAUGUUGUCAUUGUAACUAUCUUUGUGCCUACUUUGGAAACAGGGCCAUGGAUCUCUGUUCACGUCCUAUAUGUUUUUGUUUGUAUUUUAUGUUUUAAUGUUAAUAUGAAAAUAAAGAAUUUGCCAU